CGACGCUCCGAUCACCCGGCUGCUUAAUUCCUCGGCAUGCCGUUGAAAAUUCGCUUACGCUCCGUCUUCACAGCAGACUUAAAACAACAGAUCGGUCAGACUGGAUGGGGGAAAAAAACGAAUCACAUCGUACGGUCAGCGGGACUAAAGGACCAGUACCCUCCUCCAGGACUAAUGAGCAGCAGCAUCAUGUUUGGGGUUGUCAGCUGUUCCUCACCUCACUGGACAGCUGCAGAUCAUGUUCAGUUGGUUGGUUUGGUGACAUCUGGGUGGGCCCCUCAGAUCAGAUGCCUCCUGUGUGAGACCAACAUCUGUGGGAAUCAGGAAAAAUGAUCUGGAGGGAAGUUUGUCUCUACCUUUUGUGCAAUGUGAUCAAACGAUGCUUCUGUACUGGUCUUCAUGCACACAUCAUGCCAUUUUCCAGUACGAGUCACCUGCAGACGGACCAAACUCUGUGUCCUCAAACUAAAGAUGGGAAUGGCUUAUUUCCAGGAUUUUACAUAAUGACUCAGUUCAACAUUGCCGAGUUGGCCAGGAGAGGGACGGUGAAGAAGGUGCCAGGAACGACAUCUCAGCAUAUCGCAUAUAAUAUUGGCCCUGAGUUCAACUUCAGAAUAAAUACCAGAUCUGCGUUUCCCAUGGGGCUGCCUGAGGAAUUAGCAUUUUCUGCAACCUAUCGAAUGAGUGGAAAUACACAGAGUAAGAGUUGGAAUUUGUGGCAAAUGCAAGAUCUGAAUGGAAACGAACAGCUUGCAGUUAGACUCAACGGGGAGGCCCUGUCUGUGGAGUUCUCCUACAGAACCCAAGAGAAUAGACAGAUGAUGGCUUUAUUCCCUUACCAAACACUCCUCUUCAAUUCUCAGUGGCACAAGAUUGUAUUGCUUGUCAAAAAAGGUUCUGUGAGCCUGAUAACAGACUGCACAGCAACAGAUUCACAGCAGCUGGCACCCAGAGGACAAGUAAACCUAGAUGGAUUCACGCAUAUUGGAAAACUGAAGGACAAUUCAGCAAUGGCUGUGCCGUUUGAGCUGCAGUCAAUGCUGAUCCACUGCGACAUAAACAUCCCGCAGAGAGACACAUGCGCCGACCUUCCUGCAAGGAGAGAGAUAUCUGAGGCAGAGUUUCAGAGGGCUGGAUCCGGCCCUCCUGGUCCUCCCGGUGUGCCUGGAAUAGAUGGUAUUGAUGGCGAUAGAGGUGACCCCGGUGAAGAUGGUUCAGCUGGUCCUGAUGGAGAUCUUGGAAAACCAGGUUCUGCUGGACUUCCUGGAUUGCCUGGAGCUGAUGGAUUGACUGGCCCCAUAGGAGAACUAGGCCUCGAUGGCCCCCCAGGACAAAAGGGAGAACCUGGCAAACCUGGACCCAGAGGAGAGGCGGGUGUUGGACCUGAUGGACCAAUUGGACCACCAGGACCAGGAGGACUUCCGGGUGAGCAGGGAAAAGUGGGACCCCCUGGAGCCAUGGGUGUGAGAGGGCCACAGGGACCCCGUGGACCAACAGGCCCCCGUGGUGCUGCAGGGAUGCUGGGUGGAACAAUGGAACUGUGCCCUAACGCAUGCCCACCUGGUGCUCCUGGUCAUCCUGGCUUGCCUGGAAUGAAGGGUCAUAAAGGGGUGAAAGGAGAAGUUGGAGAGCCUGGUAAACAAGGACACAAGGGAGAGGAGGGAGAUCAGGGGGCACCUGGAGAGGUCGGAUCUCAAGGCCUAACUGGACCGCAGGGAAUUCGAGGUUCCACCGGUAUGAUUGGCUCCAAAGGAGAAACGGGGCCUCGAGGUGUUGAUGGGGACCCUGGACCUCAGGGUGUUGCAGGAGCCACGGGGGAUCAAGGCCAAAGAGGAUUAAUGGGAGAAAAUGGCCCUAAAGGCGAACAGGGACCUCAAGGGACAAGAGGCAACACUGGUCUUCCAGGGCCAAAGGGAGACAGUGGUUUGCCAGGUGUAGAUGGACGUGAGGGAAUCCCUGGCAUGCCAGGUACCAAGGGUGCUUCCGGAAAACCUGGAAGCCUUGGGGAAGUUGGCCUUCAAGGACUCCCUGGUUUACCAGGAAGCCCAGGACCAAAAGGUGGAGGUGGAGAGAAGGGUAAUUCAGGACAACCGGGCCUCAUCGGUAUUAUGGGAUCUGCAGGUAAAUCGGGUGAGCGUGGAGAACAAGGAGAAUUUGGACCCAUUGGGCCUAUUGGACAACCUGGAGACAGAGGAGAGCAGGGACCACCUGGGCCGAUGGGAAAACCAGGAGCCAGAGGUCCUAAAGGUGACUUGGGCUUGCCUGGACUUCCUGGACCACCGGGCCUGCCAGGAAUAAAAGGAGAUAGGGGUGAAGCAGGAGAACCUGGACCAAAGGGAGAACAGGGCGGUCAAGGUGACGAGGGAACACCAGGAGACAAGGGAGAUGUUGGUGACCCUGGCCAACUUGGAGCUAAAGGCGAAGUUGGUAACCAAGGGGAUCCGGGUAAUAGAGGACCAGAGGGUGCCCGUGGGCAACCUGGCAUUGAGGGGCCUCCUGGUAGUCCUGGACCACGUGGCAUGCAGGGGAACAGAGGAGCUCCUGGACCUCGUGGCACCCAGGGACCAGCGGGUAAAGAACCAAGUGAUCAACACAUCAGACAAGUGUGCAUGCGCGUUAUGCAGGAGCAGCUGGCCCAGUUGGCUGCCAGUCUGAGGAGACCAGAGUCUGGAGCGGUGGGACUGCCAGGCAGACCCGGUCCCCCUGGUCCUCCCGGAUCCCCAGGUGACAGCGGCUUCCCUGGGCAUGCUGGUGCAAGAGGACUCCCGGGACUCAAAGGGCCUCUGGGACUUUUGGGUCACAAGGGGCCGAAAGGUGAGUUGGGAGACAGAGGGAACCGGGGACCUACAAGUCGGGGACCCAAAGGCAUGCCAGGACCUCCUGGACUACCAGGUGAACCUGGAAAACCAGGAUAUGGUCAAGAUGGGCGUGAUGGAGAACGGGGUCCACCUGGUGCCCCGGGUCAGCCGGGCGUUCCUGGACCUCCUGGUUCAGCCGGACCACCCGGUUACUGUGAUCCUUCGGCCUGUAAUCUGAGCGCAGGUGCCGCCCACCAGUCCCUCAAAGACUCUAGCAUGAAGGGACCAGGCGGAAACUAAGAACCUCACUGUUUGGGACAUUCAGAGAGACUCCGUUACAGCUCUGUGAAGAGCACAAAACGUUAUCGCCUUUGCAGAUAGUUUUACAGCUGUAAUGCCUAAAACACUUUACCAACUUCCUGUGUACAGAAAAUGGCAACAUUUCUUGAUCCAAACCAAUUAUCUUUUUUUUUUGCCCACCUCAAGUUAUCUGCUGGUGCAAAUGAACUUUCACAGAACUUAUUGUCCAUCUAAUGUUCUCCUGAAAGCCAUUUCCUGUAGGCUUUAGAAAUGUUUUUUCUCAGCUCAUACUAAAUCUGCUCUAGGAAGUGAACAAACAUCAAUGUGGCCUUCAGACCGAAGGCCUUUUUAAUUUCUGUGUGCCAAAGAUAAAGCUGCCAGAAAUAUUGAUGGUGCUGGAAGUUCAUAACCGAAAUGGCUGCCAGAGACCUGCUGUCCGAAACAAAAAGGAGAGAGGAUAUAUAUAUAUAUAUAUAUAUAUAUAUAGAUAUGCUGCAAUGUAUUCUGUACAUCUAUGUAAAUGAUUUAAAUGUGGUUUUAUAAGAAAUUCACUCCCCCUGCUAAAUAACAUUGGUGUGAUUUAUUGUUCCAGGAUUGUUGAUGCAUGGCCCUUUUGUGACAUAUACACACAAGAGAAAUGCAGAUGUGUCGUUUCAUGGUAUUUCUAUUUAUUUUACAUAGGUGUUCGAUGACGAUGAAGUUUGUACAGAGAUCCAAGGGAAACACAUUUGAAUAAAUGUGAUGUUUUUAUAUGAAUUCAAAAUAAAUGGAGGUCUCAAACAUUCUUAUGCUUUUUCCCCUUUCAAGUAACGCUUCCUCGUUGAAUAGCCCGACUGCACUUAUCACAGCUUUUUCCACACUCUUUCCCACUUAAAUAACUCAUUACAUGCCAGUGCACAAAUGUUGGAACAAACACAUUUCGAUUGCUCUUUCAGUGCAGAUGCUAAUUUAGAUAUGCAGGCAAACCGAAGUCAGCAAUUAAUCAGAAACGAAAUCAAGUGAGGGAGAUGUUAAGAAUUACAUAAAAUGUCAUUCAGUUCAAUUAAAAAUUAAAACAUCAGUCCAGACUAGAAAAUGGUUAAGCAUUAAGUUAAUGCAUGUUUAAUUAAUUUGAAUGUUAAUUAAAAAGAGAAAUUUCAUUAAUAUAUAAAGUGGCCUCAAAGAGCAUUUGGACGCUUUAGACAUGCCAUUGAACUAGAAAACAAACAUUUCACAAAACAAAGUUAUGUUUUAAACAAUAAUAAUUUAAAGGAAUAGUUCAGCCAUGAAGAAGUGCUUAAAAUGUACUAAAUCCAUGAUGUAGAUGAGUUUGUUUCUUCAUCAGAACAAAUUUGGAGAAGUUUAGCAUUAUAUCACUUCCUCACCAAUGGAUCCUCUGCAGUGAAUGGGUGCCGUCAGAAUGAUAGUCCAAACAGCUGAUAAAAACAUCACAAUAAUCUGAAGUGAAAAGCUGUGUGUUCUUAAACAAAUGCAUUUUAACUUUAAAUCAUCGCUCCUGGCCAUAAUAACACUUCCUCCAUUAAAAAAAGUAAUUCCUAUCUUGUCAGCUCACAUCAAAAAAUCUACCAACACUUUUAGAACCGUUUUAGACUGUUCUUGCCUUCAUAUCUCUCUCCUGAUUCAGACGAGACAACUUUUUCCCAGAAGAAAGCAAUAUUAUUGAUAGAGGACUAAAAAAAAAAGUCAUAAUGAUGGAUAUUUAUUACAUUUAGCUUUUCAAUUCACAAGACAUUAACUGAAGGAUCAUGUAGAUAACAUUGUGGCGUUUUUAUCAGCUGUUUGUACUCUCAUUCUGACGGCACCCAUUCACUGCAAAGGAUCCACUGGUGAGCAAGUGUUGCUAAAUUUCUCCAAAUCUGUUGUGAUGAAGAAAAACACCUAUAUCUUAGAUGGCCUGAAAUUCAACACUUUUAUUUUUAUUUCUGUUUUUAAGCAAAUGUUCAUUUUUGGGGGCACUAUUCCUUUAAGUGCCCAAAUUCUUUCUGAGGCCACUGGUCAUAUUCAUAUCUAAUGCACUCAACAAUCUAAACAACAACAAUGUAAGUGGAAUGCUGAAAGACUGAACUUGAGCAUCCUAAAAACACAAAUCUAAUGCAUAUUGCAAUUUGGCAUAGAGUCACACAAGCAUGAGAAACACCUAAUACAGUUAAAUUAAUAUUCACAAAUAUUAUACAUCACACAACAAAAAAGUACAAACAUUUCUCAAAUCAGGUAUCUAACUCUAAAAUAACAGUAAUGAACCAAACGUGUUAGUACAUUCAUAGUUUAAUCUACAACAGUAUCCAAUGGCAAUAGUUCUCAACUUUUUCCUACCAUUUAAACCGAACUCCAUGCUUAUAUUGUCUCUCAUAAAGUAUAUAUUGAUUGACCACAUUUCACAAUGGAUUGUGUCAUUAAGUCAGAAAAAUACAGUUGCAUAUUGAGAGACACGCAAGACACUACUGUUUCACAAAGAAUGUUAAAUUAAAUACAUUUAUUAAAACAAUGUACAAUUAUAUAAAUAUGCAAACCAAAUGCAUUUACACAAGCACAAAAAAGGCAAAGGAACUGACAAAGAAUGUGUGGUACUGUAUCUGACCACGAUGAGCAUUCAUUCUAUCGAGAACAGAACCAUAUUGAAAUAGAAUCAUCUUCCAGAUAUUCCAUCAGGUGAUGCAAUGCAUAUCAGGUAGAUGUGGUGUUUUGUCUUAAGACUGUCCUUCAAGUAAGUCCACAGGUUUAGCCCUUGAGAAGAAUAUUGUAUCCAUGCUACAUGUCAUUAAUAGCCCAUUUCUGUAAAUUAAACAUCUAUGGUUGACAAAAAAACAACAACACGUAUCUCUCAUGAUAAAUAAAACUGAUAAAGCAAGUUAACUGUACUAAUAUAAAGGAGACAAAGCCGUGCCGACUCUGAGAUGUUUACUUGGAAGGAUUCUCUCUAAUGUGUGUUAAGCACAAGCAGUUCAACGAUCUCUCACAAGAGUCUUAUGUCCUGAACCAUCAAAAAAAAAAAAAGAAUAAGAAUUUUAACUCUCAGCAGAGGUAAUAUGGUACAUUACAUAUAAAAAUAAGAAGCAUGAAAUUAAUAAGUAAAAAAGCAAAAAACCUAUUAAGGGUUUGCUUUGUCACACUUAACCGUUGGUGCAAUAGAAAAGAAAGAAAGAUUUCUGCAGUUCUUAAAAGUCUUAAUUUGACCUUCCACAAAUUGAGGCCUAAAAAAAUCAUCAAGUCAUGGCUUUAAAUUUGACCAGCUUGAAAAAAUCUAUAUCUUCCUCAGAAUUUUUGUUUUUAUUUCCAAAACAAAUAUUUAAACAUCUCAAACCAAGAUAUAUUACUUUGGAUGAAAACUGAACAUAUCAAGUUUUGUUUCCUGAGAAACGGAACUAAAAAUUGUGACUUUAUGCUUAAAGGGUUACAAUGAAAAUUUUGUCAUUAAUCACUUACUCCCUUCUUUGCACAGAAAAAGUGUUCUCGGUGCUUCAUUAAAUUCAGAUUGAACCACUGAUGGCAGAUGGAUUAUUUUGAUGAUGCUUUUCAUACUUUUCUGGGCCUUAAGUGCCAUUUACUUGGCAGUCAAUGGGACAGUCACAAACCUCCCGGUUUUCAUCCAAAAUAUCUUAAAUUGUGUUCCAAAGACAAACAAAGCUUUUAUGGGUUUGGAACGACAUGGGGGUAAGUGAUUUAUGACAAAAUUUUAAUCUUGGGGUGGAGUAACCCUUUAAAACUGGAACAAACAUCUGUCACUGGGGAGUGAAAACUUGUUUUUCCCUUUCAAUUAAGUUUUUCAGAUUUUUUUUUCAGAGCCCACUGGCAGUUAUUGUUCUUGUUUUAAUGAUGAAUUAAAUUCUUUCGGAUCAAUUUCUCAUAAAACAAGCCUUCUUAUUUUAUGUAAUUUCGCUUGUCACUUACUGUAAAUCAUCUUUAGACAUUUGCACUGAAAAUCCCAACAAAAAUACUUUCUGCAGUGUGAUCAGAAGAUAAAGUAAAAUAUUCAGUAGCAGAGGUAUUCAAGCCAUAAGCUUUUGCUUGUUUUUGUAAAAUGAAUUAAAAAUAAUGGAGAUCUGUUAAAAGUUGUAAUGCCAAACUUUGCUAAUACAAAACAAUAUUGACAUACUGUGUUCCAUUCAAUUUAUUUACUUGGUCUUAAAUUUACCUUCAUAAAAACCGCAGAAACCCUAGGAGAAAAGAAGGAAAGAGAGAAAGCUGUAAUGGAGGAGACUGGGAAGACUGAGAUGAAAGAGAAAGCAGCACAAACGCACCAAAAGCAGAACGUCACAAAACUGUCAUCCGCCCACAUGACUCCAGCAACCUUCAUCUUCACAACAGAGGCAGAUGGAUGAAGUCAAUGUGCCUUCAGGAAAUCUCAUCUUACUGAUGCUGGAUCAAGAUAUUACAGAUAUCUAUAAAAUAAAUAAAAAACUCAAUCCAGACUGCAAUCCUAAAAUUGUACACAAAUAAAUAAAGGAACUAAAUUACACAGAAACAUGGUCUUAAGACACAUUGCUGCCCAUGAAAAGUAAAAUAUACAAAGUUUGAUGUUAACUGGCUUGCCAUUCGUUAAACUGUGAAUAUGAAACUGACAAAGAUGUCAUCUUAUAAAAAUAUUCAAGUAACAUGGAAGGAUGCUUUCAAUACAAAGCAAAAGAAAUUAGAGAUAAAUAUAUUCAAAUGCAAAUAAAAAGCACUCCACAUCUUUUCUUUGGAAAAACAAACCAGGUACACAACCAAAUAUACAUACAACACCAGUAUGAAGGUGUUCAAACAGUCAGAAAAAGGAACAGCGCUUAUUUUCCUGUAAACAAUUAAAGCUUAUUAAUAUCAUGAACAGUUUUCACCUCUCCAGCACUGGCCAACACAGCAAAAUCAAUACAAUUAUUUAUUUUAUCAUUCUUUGCUGUGCUUGAUCAAAACCUAACAUAAAAUUCUGAUGAUCUGGGAUUCAAAAUCUAUAUAACAUGGAACUUAACCAAGUUUUACGAUUUGGAAAUAAAGACUAAAUGAACAAGAAACGAUUAAGAGAUAUUUUGCAUUUUAAUUUGUCUUUAUAAUUGUUCUAAUUGAGUUAUGCUGAUUAGAUAAUUUGUAAUUAAAAUAUUAAUAAUUAUUAAAUAAAUAAUAGAAUAAAUACUACAGUACAAAACAAUAAAUGAAAAUUUAACAUUAUUAUUUUUACAAUUUAUUUACUAUGAAUCAUUAAAUUGAAAUAUUUAAUUGAUUAUAAUU